AUGGAUAACCUUAAUUUCAACACCUCCACUAAGAAAUCAAAAAUUCUUUACUCAGCCCUCGCCAUUUUCGGAGUCGUUUGUGUAGUCUGCACAGUUGCCCUUACCUCUUCCGAAACUCCUUCAGCAGGGCUCCAACAAUUCCAACUUGAAGUUGAAGAAUUCAACCAUUACGUUAAAAAAUACAACAAGGUUUAUUCCACCGUAGAAGAGUAUGCUAGACGCUUUAAAGUUUACAGAGACAACUUAGCUUAUAUCAGAAUCCAUAACACACAGUCGAAAAACUGGGUUUUAAAGGCAAACCAAUUCGCUGAUAUGUCAUUUGCUGAAUUCAAAAAUACUUACUUAGGGACUAAGCCAAGAGGACAUUUGCCUAGAUACACUGAUGAGGCAGAUGAUGUAACAAUUCCUGAUGCAGUCGAUUGGAGACAAGUAGGAGCAGUAACUGAGGUUAAGAACCAAGGCGGGUGUGGAAGCUGUUGGUCGUUUUCAGCUACAGGAGCUAUAGAAGGUGCUUGGUUUUUAGCGAAAAAUGAAUUAGUGAGUUUAAGUGAACAACAACUUGUAGACUGCUCAAGGUCAAAUGGAAAUCAAGGAUGUGAUGGUGGACUUAUGGACUAUGCCUUUGAUUAUGUCAUUCAAAAAGGCGGACUUACAACAGAACAAAACUAUCCUUACGAUGCAAGAGAUGGAACUUGCAAUAAGGAAAAGGCAGCAACUGUAGCUGCGACUAUUUCAGGAUAUAGAGAUGUCACCCCUUAUGAUAGCAACGCUUUAAUGACAGCACUUGCCCUAGGCCCUGUUUCUGUGGCUGUGCAAGCUGACCAAGCUGCAUUUCAGUUUUACUCAACAGGAGUUGUUGAUAGUGGCUGUGGAACAAAUUUGGACCAUGGAGUUCUUGCUGUAGGCUACAAUAAGACUGCUAGCAUUCCUUAUUACAUUGUCAAAAAUUCUUGGGGAUCAGGAUGGGGUGAAAGCGGAUAUAUCAGACUUGGAGUUAAAGACGGAGAAGGCGUUUGUGGAAUUCAUAUGAUGCCAUCUUAUCCUAUAGUUUAA